CGGAUUCAAAACAGGCUCUUCCUUUCCUCUAACGACCAACAGAGGAAGACACGAGCACCAUGCGGAGCUCAUCUGCAUCUCGGGCGAGAAGCAAACCGCCAAAGCCAGUCGCCUCCCAACCGCCCUCACAACCAAUGUCUCCCGGGGAGAAUAAGGGCCUUUUUGGCUCACUGGGAGGCUUCCUGGGCGGCUCGGGGCGCUCUCGGUCCCAGACUCAGUCGCCACCGCGCACACGAAGCAUGCCGGCUGACAAAUCAGAGGCCAGCAAGAGCGGGAGUGGGUCUGACGACCAGGGCAAGAAGGAGGGCGGCAAGGAGAGCGAGACCAAGGGGGUUUUUCAGUGGAUGCGGCAGUUGGUGGGCAGCGGGGAGGAGCGCACUUACGCGGUCGUCAACCUGGGCGCCCACGAUGGUGAAGGAUUCUACUACUGCAAGGAGCACAAGAUGUGGAUGGAGCGGGGCAAGGAAGAGGAGAUACUCGCAAAGUAUGCCGCCGAAAGGGCACCGCCACCCAAGGCCAAGAAAAAAGGUAACUAACCACACACCCCAACCAAACCGUCUCUGGCUGGGUACGUCCUUAUUUGGGCGAUGCAUGUAUGUGAUGUGCUUUGUCCUUUCUCUCUCUCUCUGUGCUGUGUGGUUCAGCUGAAGGAGAGGAAAGCAAGGAGGGCGAGGGCAGCAAGGAGGCCGCGAGCAAGCCUGCCGAGGUGGCCAAGACUGGGGUGGAAGCUCUUAUGGCGGUGCCGCAACACAGACUGCCUUACGGCAGAGGGUGAGAACAGAGCGAUACAAAGGCAAACCGGAAUCAUUGACGCCUCAUUCAUCUGUGCAUCCCUCCCAUGUGUGUAUCUGCCAGCCGCGCCCCCUAUUACGCGGCUACUCCCGGUCUGCCGACGAAGCCGCCAACGGGCGCUGGCACAGGACCACCAAGAGGCGGUCAAACACCACCCAUGCCGGUGAGGAGCAGCCCAGCCACCAUACAUCCAAGAAUGGAUCAACCAACGGCCAUCUUGCUUACGCUGUCUCUCCGCUUCCUCUCUCUGUUUGACUGACAUGUCAGGGCAUGUUUCCAAUGGUGACACCGGGUGUGUACAACCCCCCGCCCAUCCUCGAAGCAGCAACAGACUCACCCCCACAGGACUCUGCGGGCCUCACCAACGACGCGGCACCGGCGAGGCCCCUCACGGAAGGCGGCGAGGAGGUGCCCGACCUAUCGCCCAAGGUGGGCCCUCCGAUCAAGCCCAGCACCCCCAUAGCCCUCAAGGCCUGGGGCGCAGGCCCGCCAAAGAAGUAUCCGUCAACGAGGGACAGGCCCAUUCCCCCGCCCCCCACGGGCCUCGCCAAUCCUUUCGGCGUCAGCAGCACCCCGCUCAAGCCACAGGCUGCCCCGACGAGCCCCUUCGGACGCCCGGCGAGCGAGGGAGAGGCCCGGCCCAUCCCACCAGCCUCGCCACUGCCGUCGGCCGUGAGCGCCACGUCCCAGCCGCCUACCAAUGCCUUCACGUCCCCUGCGUCAGUCAAGGCAUCGCCGGGGGAGUCGCCUGGUGGUGUCGGGUACACAGAUGUUGAGAACGAGGGCUCGUCUGAGGAAGGCUGGAAGAAGCUGGGUGGGUCAAGUGUGCCCUCUGCUGCCGGUGGUGUCGCUGGUAGUGGGGGUGGGAAGGACAAGGCGGCCAAGGAGGAGGGCAAGGCGGAGGACGGUUCUUCGCCGGACCACUCGGAUCUGGUGGUGCUGAGCAGCCAGCCCGACCACGACCGCUCGGAGCGGUCUGGGGUGUCGAGCGAGUGGGAGGAGGUGGGCAGCAAGACCACACCCAAGACGGUGUCGCCAAUCCACCAGAAGGAGCCGCCCGUCACGCAGCCACCAGUCGUCCCGCCGGCAUUCCCCACCGUCAGGGAAGCCGACGAGCCAUCCUCCGUGUCAGUGCCGGGUCUGGACGAGGAGGAGGUCAAGUACGUCUACGACCCCGACUUUGACUCACACGAAUGGGCCGACGAAGAGGCCGAGGGGUCGGAUGACCACCACAAUGAGGCCGAGGCCACGGGCGGCCUAGUCCGGACGCGCCAGCGUGGCGAGGGCAGCCACGUGCACCUGCCGAUGCCAUCGCCGCCGCGGCGUGGCCAGAGGGACACCUCGAGUGGCAUGCUCGUCAUCGCUGGGUCGCCAUCCCACCGCGGUCUGAUGAUGAGGCUGCACGACGAGAGCAAGGCCGCCAGCCCCGACGAGAUCUCCCCCGUCUCUAAGGCCAGCCCUCCCGCCGCCACCCAGUCACCAACUCAGCAGCUGCGCCACCAUCGGGCGCCCGAGACGGCCGAGGAGACACCCACUGAAGCACAGAAGGGCUACACCGGCGAGGCAGAGGCCGAGUCGCCCUCGUCAUCGCCGGAACGCCGCGCCGACAGCCGGGGGGCCGCGGCCGCGCCCCAGGAGCAGCAGCAGCAGCAGCCGCCGCCUCAGCAGGCCGCGUCAGUGGAUCUCGACAUGGAAGGAGGGGAGCCGGAAGCAGACAUGGCCGACGAGGGUGGCGACCAGGGAUGGGACAUCGAUCUGGACCUGGGCUCGCCCGAGGUCAUGCUCCCAUCUGGCGAGUCGGAGCAGCGAAUGGCGGUCGGUGCCAGCCCCUCGAUGCUGCCUGAGGGUGAGCCUGGUGACGAGCCGGAGGGCGGCAGGCCCCCAACAGGGCACGAACAGGACGGUCGGUUCGGCCAGCCUCAGCUACCGCAGGAGCAGCCGUCUAUCACAACACCUCGUGACGAUGCAGUGGCUCUGAAGGUGACGAUAUCUGGUCCUGCUGGGGAGGCAGGGCAGCUUUCUGGCCGGUCGCCGUCGAGCUUUGGUGCGUCCAGCCCAGCGUCAGAGCCGAUAGGCGAAGCGGCAGCUGCUCCGGCAGCGUCAGCUGGCGAGGAGGGGCCUUACGGGAUUGGCAUUGCCACAGACGAGGAGCGUGUGUCGGAGAAGGCCCCGUCGCAGGCACCAUCCUCUCCAUCAAGGAAGGCAAUACCAGACAUGGUGAGCGGGCGAGAGAGAGGACGGGGAGUAACGACACACAUACCCUUCCAUGGAACAUGUAAGUAACCCUGUUGUAUCUGUCUGCCUGUGUCGCACCACAGUCGCGUCCGUUGGAGAGUGAGCCCCACCCCCAGAUGUUCAACAUCGGCGAUGAGGCCGAGACGCCUGCCGGGGGCGAUGACACCCUCCAGACGCCACCCUGGCUGCGGUCGAUGGAUGACAUCGUGCCACCCGCACAUUCACACAGCGGCGACCUGGCCAAACACGGCGGUAGGGAGGGGAGGGGAGAGAGGGGUAGCAGGGGGGAGGAAGCAUUACAAACAAACAGUGGCCAGCCGACUGACUCGCCCGCCUGUGUGUUGUGCGUGUGCAGAGCCUGGUCCUCCCUCUGACGAGCUGCCGCCGCCACGCGCCAGCCGAGAGGUAACUAACAGACACACUGAUGGAAACAUCACCGCCCACCGGCAGUCUUUGUCACGUCACUCCUCCGUCUCUUUGCCGUCGUCACAGGUGCAGCUAGAGAAAGAGUUGGAGCGAGUCAAGGCCGAGUACCAGGCCCUCCUUGUCGAGAGCCAACGUGCCAGGGACGAAACCAUCCGGCUGGCCGACGCCAAUGAGGACCUGCAGUCCCGGCUCGACGCCGCAGGCGCCGAGCAGGACUUGCAGCUGCAGGAGGCCCUCCUCAAGAUCACUCAGCUCGAGCAAGACAACACACGCCUGAUCCAGGCGGGCGAGGAAGCGGCACGAAAAGAGCAGGAGAUGCAGACACUGCGGGAGGCCCAGGCGGCCCAGGACAAGGAUGAAGAGCUGGCGGCACUGCGGAGCGAGCAGGCCGAGAGGGAUGCGGCGAUUGAGGCGUUGCGCGGGAGGUCUGCGGCCCAGCAGGAGGAGGUCGACGAUCUGACGGGUCGGCUGCAGAAGGAGGAGCGGGUGAGGGCGGCGCUCGAGAUGGAGAGGCAGGGCAUUCUGCAGAAAUACCGAAUGGGGUACCAAAUCGAGACUGAGGUGAGUGAGAGCCAACCGCACAUAACAUACACGCACGCACACACAACGACGUUUCUUGUCGUCACUUUUGCUGUGUGCGCCACACACAGGCGCAGCGCAACUGGCGUCUGGGUUAUGGGGUGAUGGAGCGGAGUGCGGGGACUGACAACGAGUGGAUCCGCGAGAAGGACAAGGAGAUCCGUGAUCUCCAGGUGGACAUGGCGAUCAAAGAGGUGAGGUACGGCAAGGGCUUCGCGCGGGCCAUCAACGCCAUCCGCAAACUCAAAUGGCGCAUUACCACCAUGUACUGGAAGGCAUGGAGGUACGCACGCACAGAGCUGGCGGGCCACCGACGAACGAAGACGGGGCUGAUGCAAUGCAGAUGGGUGUGUGUCUGUGUGUCUGUGUGUCUGUGUGUGUGUGUGUUCAGUGAAGAGAUCAAGAUGCUGGACAAGAACAAGGCGCUCAUGAAGGACGUCUGUGAGGUGAGCAGACAGACAGGGAGGGAGAAAGAGAAGCGACGGUGAUCCACUGCCUUUCUCCCUCAGCGCAAUCUAACCAUUUCUGAGCUCAACCAGCGGAUCACCAAGAUGGUGUGGGAGAAGCACGACGUCAAGAAGGCACUCAUGCAGCAAAAGGUAGCUCACACACACACACACACACACACACACACGCUCACACCCCUGUGUGGGCGACAAGGCAAUACCCAUGCGUGUGUUGUCUUCUCACUCAUUAUAUACUCAGGUGAACAAUGACGCGCUUCAGAAAACGGUGGACGAGUACGUGACGGCGAUAGCGGGGUGGAAGGAGUGCUGCGCCAAGCUGGAGAAGAACGGCGAGGAGAUGAUGGCCAAGGCCAACGCAGAGCUGCAGCGCGGCCAGACCAUGCUCGACGACCUCGCGGAAAAACACAACACCGUCAUGGUCAGAGAUAGAUAGACCACACACACACACACACACACAGUCAAGGACGUUCGUGACUCUCUUCUCUGUGUGUGUGUGUGUGUGUGUGCACAGAGGGAGUACAAUCAGCUCAAGGCCGAGACUGACGCAACGGUCGAAACCGAGCGUGACAAGAUCCGCACCGAGGCCACGGAGAAGAUCCAAGAGCUGACUGAGUUGUUCAAGAACCAACUCGUCCAGAGAAAUGAGGUCCACCCACCACGCCAUACAUACAACACACAUACCGACACUCCCUGCCUGCCUGUGCGUCGCGUCGCUUGCUCAUCUCAUCUGCCCCCUCCUUUCUCUCUGUCUGCAGACAAUUGCCCACUGGCAAUCGGUUUCUCGUGAGCGUGAGGAGCAGCUGACGGCCGUCACCCAGCAGCUCGACACAGCGCGUCAGGAGCAGCAGCAGCUCCGCAGCAGUCUGCAGGCGUACGAGUCGACCAUCGAGCAGACCAAGGCCCGCGAGUGCCAGUUACUGCAGGAGAUGCACCAGAUCCAGGAGACGCAGCGCACACACGAUGCCUCCUUCGAGUCAUUCCAGCGGAAAGAGGACGAGUUGCAGCGCCAGCUGCAGACAAACAAGGCCGAGAUGCAGCGUCUCGAGAGCCUCUGCGAGCAGCAGAAGGUGGAGAUCGUCCAGUACCAGGCCCAGAUUGACGCCUACCGCCAGGAGCACGACCGCCAGAAGGGCGAAUGGGAGGCGGCCGUGGAGAGCCACGCAGCCGAGGUGCGGUCAUUGCAGCGGGCGGUAGAAGACAAGGAGCAGCAGUGGCGUGAGACCAUGCAGGGCGACAUCGACAGCCGCACACGGUCCUUUGAGGACCAGCUCACCGCCCUCCACCAGGAACUGGCAGCGUCUCGCGAGCUCACCGAGGCCAAACAGAAGCAGGUUGGUGCGUGGGGAGGGAGGGUGGAGCGGGGCGGGCCUUCCUAGGCAGGCGGUGAGGUGAGAGAGGAGAGUGAGGUAGCUGAGCUGGUAGAUAGGUAGCUAGCGCCUCUUUACCAAUUUCUCGAGGCAGCCAACCCUCAGGGAUCAAAUGGCCCGAGGCGCAGACAGACGUUGAGUUGAGCGGGCCCCUGUCUUCCCGAGCGGGGCUGGAUGCUUUGCGAGGCACACGCCCCUGUCGGAUGUUCAUGAGGGUCACAUCACACCCAGACAGACAGACAGACAGACAGGACAGGCGGCCAUGCUUGCUGCACGGAUCCAUCUCCCCCUGAUAUAUCUGUGUCAUUGUGUUUAUCUACCCCUCUCUCUCUGUGCCUGAUGUUUCUGAUGUGUCUGGUGUGUGUGUGCAGUUGGAGGAAGCCCACACGGCCAUGCAGCUCCGUGAGGGCGAGGCCACCGCUCUGCUCCAGGAGACCGAGAAGCGGAUGCAGGCCGCCAACGACGAGCUGUCCGAAGCCCUCAACGCACAGAUGUCCUUAGCGCAGUACUACCGUGAGUUGGCCGACAGCGAGCUGCCAGCCGUCAAGGACGACAGGGAGGCAAUCAAACGGCGACUCGCCAACCUCACUGGUGGGUGAGGUGCAUGGGCACCCACAUACCAUCCAUCCCCUGGUUGGUUGGUCCGUCUUCAAAUCUGUGGUGCUUGCGUGUCCGUGUGUCCGCUCGAUGGAUCGAUCAGCUGCCGUGACAGAGUUCAUCAACGGGACGGGCCUCUCCAUCCUCCCGUCCGGCCACGCCGCCACCCAACCGUCCCCCGCGUCGACCAAGACCAAGACCACCGAGACGGCUCCCUCAUUCGACACGCCACCCGCUCCAUCAUCCAGCAGCGCGCCGUCAUCUGCGUCACGCCGUGACGUCGCCGAACUGUUCGGUGGCGGCGGCGAUGCGGACAGCCAUGGCUUCGACGGCGGCGACAGCGGCUGGGACAUCGGCUUCGACCCCACCCCAUCGCCCCCACCGCCAGGGCUGGAGCAGCCACCAGUGGCCGGCGGCGCGCCGCAGGCCACCGAGGGGCUGACGGACGAGCACCUUAUUGCAGAGCUCAAGAAGGUGGGCGGGGCGGGGUGGGGCGUGAAGCGCGGAAGACCCUAUAUGGCGAGUCAUUGUUCUCUCUGUGUGUGUGUGCUUUGGUGUCGGUCAGGUGCUUUCGCAUUAUCUGGAGGUCACUGCUGCUUCGAAGGUGAGAGGGGUGGCUAGUCGGAGUGGGCAGUUCAGCAGUGAGGGCGGCAGGGAGAGAGGGGGGGAGGCUCUGAUGAAGGAUUUCUAUCCCAAAACCUUUUAACUCUGCUGAAUCUAUCAUUGUUGACCUCUUUGCAAUAACCUGAGCCUAGCCGCUGCAUGCAGUCUUGUGCUACUUGUGUGACUCUGUGUGUGUGUGUGUGUGCCGAUUCCUCAAUUGUCCUGCUGUGUGUGGCUCUAUUGUGCAGGAUGCCCAGCAGCUGGCAGAGCAGGCGCAGACACAAGGGCAGCGUGAGCAGCUGGUGAGUGAUCCGAUCCACAACACCACCCUUCGUCAAGCAGAUCAGUGUGUGUCUGUCUUUUUCCUUUCUCUCUCUCUGUGUGUAUGUUUCAGGAGCUUAUCGAGGCAAUGCGGCAGGACAUCGUGGCCAAGGAGCAGCAGCUCGCCACCCUCGGCUCUGAGCUAGAGGCCGCACGAGACAGGGAGGCCUCCCUCAGACAGGACCUCCACAACCGCAUACAGGUGCUCCCUCCCGCCAAACCCCACCCUUCCCCACCUCAUCUUGAGUGUGUGUUUGCACCACCACGUUGUCAUGUCAUGUGCAGAGUCUGGAGAGUGAGCACCGGGAGAACGGCGACCUGCGCGCGCAGCUGGAGAUGGUGCGGCAGCACUACGACGAGCUGCACGCCAAGGCGUCGCAGCUGGACGGCGUGGACGCGACGGUGCGGCAGCUGCGGGAGGAGCUGCACACCAAGGAGGGCGAGAUAGAGAUACUCAAGAAUGUGGACGAGGACAUGCGCCGGCAGAUCGCUGACAACCUCUCGCGCGUUGUGGUAUGUAUGCAUGUGACGGACUGACUGACUGACAACCUCUCUCGGCGGUGGAGCGGUAGUGGAUGAAUGUAUGUGUUUGUGGGUCUGUCUGCCUUUGUCAUGUCAGGAGUUUGAGCGGCUCGAGGCAGAGAACCGGGCCCAGAAGGAGCGACUCGUACGCAACGACAGACAGAUAGACAGACACCCAGGCAGACAGACAGACGGACUCAUCCAUCCAUCCAUCCAUGUGUGUGUGUGUGUGUGUGCGUUUGUCAGGACUACCUCGAGUCCCGAGCGUUUGACGAGGGCCGUUUCAGCGACGACCUGCAGGCCAAGGACCAGCGCAUCACGGCCCUCACCAACGAGCUGCAGAAACUGAGGGACGACGAGGCCAUGCACAGAGAGGAGACGCAGGGGCGACUCAACCAACUCCAGGUAGGUGUGUGGGGUGGGGGCUGAUUGAUGGAAGCUGGACACAGGAAUGAAUGGCUCCAGCUUAACGAUUUCUCUCUCUCUGUUGUCUUUGUCUGUGUCUGUGUGCAGAAAGAGUUGUCCGAGUCCAUCACCAACUGCACUCGGCUGCAGGAGGAGAACAACCGCAUCCGGCUGGACCUAGAGAGGACGCAACACGACCUCGCCACCAGCCACGAGAACAUGGCCACGGGAGUCGAAGACGUUGACAAAAUGCACGCAGCCCUCGUGGUCAGAGAGUGACGGAGGGAGGGAGAGAGGACCACAGAUGCUUGGGUGGAUCGCCAUGUCAUGUUCUGCCUGCGUGUGCAGGAGGAGAACGGUCGGCUGCUGCGUGAGGUGGACAUUCACAAGGAGGCGGCGGACGAGGCCGCACAAAAAGUCGACGUCCUCCAAACCGAAUGCGCCACCCUCAAGGAGGAGCUCGACAAGUGAGAGAAGCGCACACGCACACACACAGCACCUCUGAUGUCCGUUGAUCGACCGACCACAAUUAUCCGUGUGUGUGCAUGCCUGCCUGCAGGUCUCGAGAGCGCGAAGCGGCCAUCGUUGAGCUGCAGGCGGCUGUGUCGGAGAAGGACACGCAGAUGGUAGAGAUGAAGAAGGAGCUGGCGUACUUCCAGAAGCAGCUGCAAGACGCAGCCUUCCACCCGCCCCUCCCGCCACCUCCCCAGUCCGGCACGCGACACCCUUCCCUCCCGCCCGUCACAGAGCUGCCCCACUAUGGGCCGCCGCAGGAGCUCAUGACCGACGGAAGCCCACGAGCGGCACCCAUUUCUCGUAAGGAAACAACUACCACUGGCGGGAAUCGUCGUGUCACUUUUGUGUGUGUGUGCGUGUGUGUGCGUGUGCAGAUGACGUCCGUGUGUUGCAAGAACGGCUCAAAUACGCUAACGAAGAAAAAGCACAGGUCAGUAUCAGAUGCAGCAAAGAAACGAGUGUCCCUCCCUCCCUCUCGCUGCCGGCAGCCGGCAGUUUUUAUUUCGCAUGCAUCUCUCUGUAUGUUGCCUGCCUGUGAUCUGUCUGCAGAUAGCCAAGGCCCUCCAGGAGGCGCUGGACAGCGUUUCGGCCGAGAACCAAGGACUGCGGCAGGAGAACAACACUUUGAAACAAAUGGUACGUACGGAUGCAGCCAGCCACACACGGACGGGUACACGACACCCCACCCCCAUGGAACCCCCGCGCAACAAAUCCUGCGUCUCCUUCCUUGGUUGGUUGGUUCAUUCAGUUGGGUGCUGCCCCUGGUGCUACCAGCGCCAGCUCAUCUCAGCCGCUGCCCGAGCGGUACCCUGUCAUCAGCACCGACGCCCUCCCCACCCACCUCGCCACGCCCCCAAGGCACAUGCCAUACACAGCGCAGUCGUCAUCCAGCGAUCCAGGAGCCAGGGGCGUGCCGUCGCCACCCCCAUCAGAGGGGGACGAUACUGUCGAGACGGUCCCGUUGACGCCACUGGGUGGAUCACCGAGGGCGGGUGCGGGUGCGGCGCCUCCAAAGAGCAGUGGGUGGUCGUUCUUCAGCCUCUUCCUGACGGAGAGCGACGAGCGGGCCAUUGAGAGGGAGAGGGCACGCAACCUAGAACUCUAGCCGAGCCAUGCAUCUCAUCGACAGGGGCGGGAGGGUGACCUGUGGUGGGGCGGGGUGUGGUGUGCUUUGUCUCUCUCGCCUUUCCUACGUACGUAUUGCCUGCGUCUAGCUAGUACUAGCUAGUGUGGAGGAAUUCAAUGUGUGCAUUCAAAAAUGUAUCAGAUUGUGUGUGGGUGUCGUUGGCUAUGCCCGGCCUGCAUCGCAUCCAUCGCACAUAUCGUGUG